GAGAUAUACCAGUAUGUAGACUGUGGGGGCAACACUACCUUGCUGCAUGAGUACAACCUAAGAACUCCUGGCUCAGACUAGAGCCUGAGCAACAGAGCAGCAGUGUUUGGUUCUCCAGCCCCACUCUCCACACACCUAGCUUACACACUUCACUCAGCCAUGGUUGUCUACCACAAAGAGUUUGAGCAAGCGGGUAAGACCACCGGUCUCCACAUCUGGAGGAUUGAAAGCUUGGAGAUAGUGCCAGUGCCAGAAGGCCUUCAUGGAAGCUUCUAUGUGGGGGAUGCCUACCUGAUUCUCCGUACUGUAAAACAGAAGGACCUCUACUUCUAUGACCUGCACUAUUGGCUGGGUAAAGAGUGCUCCCAGGAUGAGAGUACCGCUGCUGCCAUAUUUGCAGUACAACUGGAUGACUAUCUGGGGGGUAAACCAGUUCAGUAUCGUGAACUCCAGGGCUGUGAAUCCACUGCUUUCACCAGCUAUUUCAAAGGAGGGAUCACAUACAAAGCAGGGGGUGUGGCGUCUGGUUUCAAACAUGUGGUCACCAACGAGCUCAGCGCCCAGCGGCUGUUCCACAUCAAGGGCCGGCGGGUGGUCAGGGCCACAGAGGUGCCACUGGACUGGACCAGCUUCAACAAGGGUGACUGCUUUAUAGUGGACCUGGGUGCGGUUAUCUACCAGUGGUGUGGCUCAAUGUGCAACAAGUUUGAACGGCUGAAAGCAGCCCAGAUGGCUGUUGGUAUCCGUGACAACGAGCGCAAUGGCAGGGCACAACUGGUGGUUGUGGAAGAUGGAAGUGAACCCAGUGAAUUGAACAAGGUUCUUGGUGAUAAACCAGAACUACCAGAUGGUGAGGAUAAUGAUGACACUGUAGCUGAUGUAUCUAACAGAAAAAUGGCAAAACUUUACAUGGUGUCUGAUGCAACUGGAAAAAUGCAAGUGUCUGUCGUGUCAGAGGAGAAUCCCUUCUCUAAGAGUCACCUGUUGUCUGAUGAGUGCUUCAUUUUGGAUUAUGGCAAGAGCAAGAUGAUCUUUGUGUGGAAAGGACGCAACGCAAACCCCAGUGAGAGAAAAGAAGCCAUGAAGACAGCUGAGGGCUUUAUCCAGCAGAUGGGCUAUCCUGCAAACACUCAGAUUCAGGUGCUUCCAGAGGGAGGGGAGACUCCUAUAUUUAAGCAGUUCUUUAGAGACUGGAAGGAGAAGGAUCAGAGUCAGGGCCUGGGCAGGGUCUUUGUCACGGAGCGGAUUGCUAGGAUCCAGCAGGUGGACUUUGAUACUUCCAAGCUUCAUGAAUCCCAGCAGAUGGUAACCCAGUACAGCAUGGUGGAUGAUGGCACUGGAGGAACACAGAUUUGGAGGGUAGAAACUGGAAGUAAAGGAGAAAGCAAAGUCCCUAUAGACCCAAAGACAUAUGGGCAGUUCUAUGGUGGGGACUGCUAUAUCAUUUUAUACACAUACAAAAGAGGACAAAUCAUCUACACAUGGCAGGGCUCCAGCAGCACGAUAGAUGAGCUAACAGCGUCCGCCUUCCUUACUGUUGAACUGGACCGAUCACUGGGUGGAAAUGCUGUCCAGGUGCGUGUAACCCAGGGGAAGGAGCCAGCACAUCUUCUGUGUCUGUUCAAAGCCAACCCUCUGGUUGUGUACAAGCAUGGUACAUCCAGACAAGGAGGGCAGUCACCUCCAUCCCCAGUCCGUUUCUUUCAAGUGCGCAGAAACUUUGGUACCAUCACACGCAUCUCUGAGGUUGAUGCCAAAGCAUCCAGUCUGAACUCCAAUGAUGCCUACCUGCUGACAGUACCUGAGGGGCAAGGGUAUAUGUGGGAGGGGAAGGGUGCCAGUGAAGAAGAGUUACGAGGUGCAAGAUACAUGAGUGAACUACUGCAGUGUAAGACCCAGCACAUCAUGGAAGGACAGGAGCCUGAGCUCUUCUGGGAUACUUUGGGUGGAAAGACUGAGUAUCAGACAUCAGAGCGGCUAGAGAGCAAAAGCAUCACACACCCACCGCGACUGUUUGCCUGCUCCAACAAAACUGGUCGAUUCAUCAUCGAAGAGGUGCCUGGUGAGUUCACCCAGGAUGACCUGGCAGAGGAUGAUGUCAUGCUGAUGGAUGUCUGGGAUCAGGUUUUUAUCUGGAUUGGAAAGGAUGCCAAUGAAGUGGAAAGAACCGAGUCUGUAAAAUCUGCAAAGAUGUAUAUUGACACAGACCCAUCAGGACGGGACAAAGGAACCCCUGUGGUGAUAGUGAAGCAGGGACAUGAGCCACCUACAUUCACGGGCUGGUUCCUGGGGUGGGAUUCCUCCAAGUGGGACACUGACCCUGUAAACAAAGCAGUGAAGACACUGAAUGUCAGCUAAUGGCUUUGGGGACCACAUUGAGCUUGUGGAAAAAUGGAGAAAAAUUUGUUUGCAUGAGAUGCAUUUCGUUAUGAUGCUUCAGCUUGAUUGCCAAUCUUAUUUCAUUUUUCAUUUCAGAAACCUGUAAUAUAUCAUACUGUGAUUGAUAUACAUUAUAUGGCCAAAGGUAUGUUGACAUCCAUCCUUAUUGUGUUUCAGACACAACAUUUUAUGACAGUUGUAUAAAAUCAAGUGUACAGUCAUGCAAUCUACAUAGACAAACAUUGGCAGUAGAUUGGGGCAUACUAAAGAUCUUAGAGACUUUGUUGUCACAUUUGCCACAACUCAAUUAUUAAAAUUUCUGCCCUGCUAGAUCUGAUCCAGUCAACUGUAAAAGCUAUUAUUUGAAAUGGGAGCAUUUAGGAGCAAUGACAGCCAUGAAGCAGUUGACCAGGCAAACUUUCAGAGCUGAAAUGUGUAGCACAUAAAAUUAACCAAAUCUCUGCUUCAUCACUCACUACAGAGUUCCACACUGCUUGUGGAAACCAGUAAAAAAACUAUCUUGGGAGUUUGAAGAAGUAGGUUUCCAUGGCUGAAGAGUUUUACUUAAGCCUAAGAUCACCAAUUCUACUUUCCAAAUGUCAGUACAAGUAGUGUAACCACUACUGGCCUCUGGAGCAGAGGAGUCAUAUUCUUUGGAGUAAUCGAUCACAUUAGUUGGCUGUCUGAAUGAGAAAUAUAGGUUUGCCAGGAGAAUGCCCACAUAUGUUUGGCCAUAAAAUCUAGUCACUAUAAAGAUAGUUGCUAUGUUAACUGUUAACUGUAUAUGGAACUAUAUAGAGCUUUUGCUUUUUAUGUCCUUUUUAAAAGCAGUUUCCACAUUGUAUUGAAUUUGAAUGCCUAUUUCCUUCGUUGUAUUACUUUGUAUGUGUCCUCAAAACACAAAUGAUAAAAUUUUAUUAUGCUUCUUGGUACAAUCUACAGCG